AUGGCAACACUUCUCCCCGACUACACAGACACGACCCGUUUCCCCACGUUCCUCACCAUCCCAGAAAACGACCCAGACGCGCCACCAUCAUCGUCAUCAUCAUCAUCCUCUCAACAGCAGUCAACAUGGUACCUCCUCGCCCAGGUCAAAGACAACAUGACCAUCAACAAGCCGACACUGGUCCUCACAGACCGAGACGGGAACCCUUUCGCUCUUGUGUUUGAGGGCCUCGGGCGCGACGAGCUGGACCUGAAGGGGCUUGGGUUGAAGAAGGGGUGCACGGCUGUGAUUCCCAAUGCGAAGCGGACGAGGCCUGCGGAGGAGGGCAAGAGGGGUUUUGUGAGGAUCGACAAGAGGGAUGCUGGGACUGUGCGGGCUGUGCCGGGGGCGUUGGCUAGGGUGUUGGAGGUUGGUGGGAGGGAGAAGGGGGAUAGGUGUGAGACUUGUGGUGGUGCUGGUGGCGAUGGAGGGGAGGAGGGUCUGAAGAGCUGUACUGGCUGUGCGAGGGUCGGGUACUGCGGCAAGGUGAGUUCAUCUCAUAUGGCUUCGAAGCUUCUGGUUUGUGUACACUCGCAGGAGUGUCAAGUGAAAGGCUGGGUAGAGGGGGGACAUAAGACCGACUGCAAGAUGUUCAAGGCGCUCAACGACAUUUUUGCAUAA